AUGUCGGCUCCUUCAACCCCAUCAAGAAAUCCUGAAGAUAAAUCAGGAACCCAGUCACCCACCAGUCCAUCUCAAACUCAUCACAAAGUUGAUCGCUACGGUUGGUACGUUGACGAAAAUAAAGAAGUUUCUCCCCAAGAAAAGAAAUUGAGAGAAAAAGAUUCUAAGAUUGAACAGCAGCGUGUUGAUGAAUGGAUGAAAAUGUAUAAUAAUUGGAUUUAUUACUCAGGAAAAGGAAGAGAAAAACUUUGCGAAUUUAUUCGACAUGGAAUUCCCGAUUCGUGCCGAGAACGUGCAUGGAAGAUUAUAUUACAGCCAGAUUUCUUAAAUCCUCUUGCCGAUACCUCGGUUGAUUUAGAUUCUCUGAUCAAUAAAGGUGCAACAUCUGUUUGGCGCACGAUUGAAGCAGACCUUGAUCGUACAAUGCCAAAUUGUCCAAUGUUCUACAAUGAUAAAUGCCUUAACUCGCUUCGCCGUAUAUUAAAAGCUUAUAGUAACCAGGAUCCUGAACUCGGUUAUACACAAGGCAUGUCGUUCAUAGCCGCUAUGCUUCUCUUGUAUCUCGAUGAAAAUACAGCAUAUAACUGCUUCGCAAAAUUAAUGUCAGGAGAAAAGCAUCUGUUAAGAAAUCACUUCCUCCCUGGCUUCCCUCGUUAUAAGGAGAUCCUCAAGAUUUGGGAUGUCGUCUUUAGAGCGAAAUACCCAAAGGUUCAUGAACAUUUAUUACGUCUUAACUGCGAUUCGAAUUUCUACACGCCUUCAUGGUUCUUAACAGGUUUCCUUAAUGUGGAGUUCCCUCCAAUUAUUCGUUUACAUAUUUUCGACUGCUGGAUCGAAUUCGGUUCAAGAGCGCUUUUAUCUUUUGCUCUUGUUAUCAUUUCUCGCAACAAGAAAGCAUUAGUCUCUGAUCCAUUCGAACUUAUCCUUCCGAACUUACAGAACCCUCAAAAUCUCCCAACAAUGCAGGAUUGGAGAUAUCUCCUUAAGAAAUACGACAAGCUUUGGAUUAGCGAAAAAGAUUACAUCAAAUAUUGCAACAUGGCAAAAGUUCCUGCAUUUCCAUAA